AUGAAUUCAAGAGAUGGGUUCUUACCUGCUGAAGUUAUUAUUCAAGUUCUCGCUAGAUUGCCUGUUAAGUCUUUGUUUAGAGCCAAAACCGUAUGCAAACUUUGGUACAAAUUAUCAUCAGAUAAGUAUUUUGUUCAACUGUAUAAUGAAGUAGCUGCUAAGAAUUCAAUGGUAUUGGUGGAGGUUUCAGAUUCGUCGGAGUUGAAAUCUAGUUUAAUCUGUGUUGAUAAUUUAAGGGGUGUAUCAGAACUGUCCCUGGAUUUCUUGAAAGAUAGAGUGAAAGUCAGAGCCUUUUGUAAUGGCUUGUUGUGUUGCUCUAGUAUCCCUGAUAAGGGUGUUUAUUAUGUUUGUAAUCCCAUGACUAAAGAGUUCAGGUUGCUUCCUAGGAGUAGGGAGAGGCCUGUGUCUAGGUUUUAUCCUGAUGGGGAGGCUACUCUUGUUGGUUUGGGUUGUAAUUUAUCAGUGCAGAAGUUUAAUGUUGUGUUGGCUGGUUAUCAUCGGACUUUCGGUCAUAGGCCAGAUGGGACAUUUAUAUGCAUGGUAUUUGAUUCGGAUACAAAUAAAUGGAGAAAGUUUGUAUCUUUUCAAGAUGAUCGUUUUACGCCCAUGAAUAGGAACCAGGUUGUUUUUGUCCAUGGUUCGCUCCAUUGGUUAACUAGUUGUUGCUUGCAUAUACUUACACUUGAUUUGAAUUGUGAUGUUUGGAGGAAGAUUUCAUUGCCGGAUGAAGUGAUUUAUGGGGUGGGGUAUAGAACGCAUUUGUUGGAGUUGGAUGGGUGCUUGUCUGUGAUUCAGAUAUCAGAAGCAUGGAUGAAAAUUUGGGUGAUGAAGGACUAUGAGAGUGAACACUGGCAUUUGGAGGAUAGUGUUAGCUUGAGAUGUAUUAGGGGAAUGGUGCCUGGUAUUUUCCCAAUAAGUCAGACAAGUGAAUAUGUUUUCCUGGCGACGUAUAAGCAGGUUUUGGUGUAUCAGCGGAAGAGUAGAGUGUGGAAAGAGAUGUAUUCUGUGAAGAGCAGCUCCCCAUUGCCAUUGUGGUUCUCAGCACAUGCCUUCCGGACCUCAAUCUUCUCGUGUAAUUAA